AUGAAGAAAUCUUCACUCUCGGGUAACGAAUCUCCUCGGGGGAAUGAGGACGUUGAGGAAGUUGUUGGUGAUAACCAAAAUGUUGAUGCGGUUUUCGGCCAAAUCAGGGAAGGGGGACCUAACUACCGCAAUGUGGGAUGGUUAGGUACCUCGGUCCUUAUGAUGAAGACUCAGAUUGGUCUUGGUGUUCUGUCUUUCCCUGUGGUUUUCGAUACCCUCGGUAUGAUUCCGGGAGUUCUUCUCAUGCUUGCUAUCAGCGGCAUGACGCUUUGGUCGAAUUAUAUGGUCGGCGUCUUCAAGCUUAACCAUCCAGACGUGUACGGUCUCGACGAUGUUGGAGAGCGUAUCUUUGGACGAAUUGGCCGAGAAAUAUUUGGCGUAAUUUUUGUUCUAUUUCAAAUCUUCACGGCCGGUUCCGCGGUUAUUUCAGUCUCGAUUGCACUUAAUGCCCUCUCAAUGCAUGCCACAUGUACAGCCGUUUUCGUUGCCGUCGCCGCCAUUGCGUCUUUCUGUCUGUCUAGUAUCCGCACACUUGGCCGUAUUAGUUGGUUGGCAUGGAUUGGCGUGAGCUGCAUAAUUGUUGCAGUUCUCACCGUGACCGUCGGUGUUGGCCUCCAGGACCGCCCCUCCGAUGCACCCCAAGAAGGGGCGUGGAAGUCGGAUUAUGUUCUAUUUGCAAAUCCCAGCUUCACCGAGGCUAUCUCGGCUAUCUCGACAAUCAUCUUCUCUUAUGCAGGUACAGGGGCUUUCUUCCCCAUCGUGUCCGAGAUGCGAGACCCUGGCCAGUACAAUAAGGCUCUCUUUUUGUGCCAUUCCGUCGUGACUGUUAUCUAUGUCACAGUUGGAGUUGUUGUCUACUACUAUUGCGGAUCUUAUGUCGCUUCCCCAGCCCUAGGCUCCGCAGGACCUCUCAUUAAGAAGGUAGCUUACGGCAUUGCUCUUCCCGGUCUGAUGAUGUCAGCAAUCCUUCUUUCUCAUCUUGCUAGCAAGUACAUGUUCGUUCGAAUCCUGCGAGGAACACAUCAUAUCACAUCCAACACCUUGGUCCACUGGAGCACCUGGCUAGGCGCCACCUUUUCUACCGCUCUCGUGGCGUAUCUUCUCGCUAGCGGUAUUCCCAUCUUUGGAGGCCUCGUCUCUUUGGCUGGUGCACUGCUUGGAACUUUCAUGUCAUUCCAGCCUAUGGGUUGCAUGUGGCUGUACGACAAUUGGGCUAAGGGCAAGCAGAAUCCUAGUCUCACAUGGCGUCUUAUGGUUUGCUGGAGUGUCUUCAUGGUUGUAAUCGGUUCAUUCCUCAUGAUUGCUGGAACGUAUGGGUCUAUCGUGGGCAUCAUUGACUCUUUCAAGGCAUCUGGUGGUUCUAAGGCAUGGUCAUGUGCUGACAACUCAAAUUCAGUUUGA